CAAUUCCUUGUCCUGACCCCAACCCAGUCCCCGCAAUCCCCUCUCAACCUCCCCAGCCUCCCCAAUGAUACUCUGCGAGCCCAGGAACAGCACACUGAAGUACAAGGCUCACCCCUACGGAGCUUCAACAGGCAAGGAGCUGGUGUCAACUUAUUGCCAAACAAAAUGAAUGUGUCUACACUGAGCGGACAGCCAACAGAAAAGAAAAAUAAGGGUGCAAGUCCAGAUGACGAUGUGGUUUCCAUAGAUUCAAGUCAUGGGCAGGUGCCUUGUAGUGACCCUGAUUUUAUCAGAGGUGGGAAGUCAGGAAUAAAGGGAAGUCCACCUCGACAGAAGAUUGCUGCUGAAGGUGACAGGCAGAGUGUAAAGUCUGACAGCAUGAACAGUGGUGAUUCACCUGGAAAGAAGAGCGAGUCUUCAUCUGGUUCACCUGGUAAAAAGAGCGAGUCGUCGUCUGGCUCCUCAGGAUUUUACUCACCCAUGCUAGCUAGGCGCUCCCGCCUAGAGCCUCCAAAAGUCAAGCGGUCAAGAUCUCUGACACGCCUCACAGAAGCCAUAAAUCAGAUACAUAACCUUUGUGUUUUCCCUGCCCAGCCAAAAGUUGCUCCUGAAAAUGAAAAAGGAGGCUCUCCACCGAGCAGCCCUUCACACCAGCCUGUGAGUCUUCACCUCUCAGCCCCAGAGGUAAUGGGCGCCUUCACCCUUACCCCUCUCAUUGCCACGCACAGUAGAAUAGACAAAGACCGUACCCAGUCUCCCAGGCUUUCAAGGCGAUCUGCGUUCAGGGAGACCGUGCAAGAUCGAAAACAACCCAGCAUGUAUUCCCUUGAUGCAGUUGCCUCCCAACCCAGUAGUUGCCCCGAUAAGAAUUCAAGCCUUGAAGACAUAACACCUUUACCCCAUGUGACCAACCCGAGUGAUUCACCUACUAGUCUUUCACGUGCAUUUGUCGUAGAGAAUGGAAUUGAUACCUCCAAAGCCCUUGGUACUAAGACACCUGCUUCUCACACUAAUGGUGAGGUUUUGGAUCCCAAAACAAAGGGUAGUGAACAUAGACAGAGUAGAGGGAGAUCAAAAAGCUCAAGGGGGAGAAAAAAAGAGAAAGGUACAACUAAUCCCAAGAGUGGUUGUGUGUCUGCAGAAUUAAAGCAUGCGAGUACUGCCCCUAACAACUUAAGUGCUCAGGGAGACAGCCAAUCAAGCAAGCCUUCUUUUGUGAUGGUAAAGAAG